UUGAUAAAGAUGCUUUUAUAUGACAAUGAGCCAUUCACUGAGCAGUAUGAUUACUCAGACUAUUACAGCCUGAAUGGCACAUCAGAUGCACAACCAUGUGAUAAUGACAACAUUAAAAAGUUUGGGACUGUUCUUUUACCUGUCUGCUACAGUUUGGUGUUUGUGUUUGGAUUCACAGGAAAUACAUUAUGUCUGCUGGACCUGAUCAUUUAUAACAAGAUGAAACGAUUAACUGAUACAUGUCUUCUGAAUCUGGCAAUUUCCAAUAUGUUAUUUGUUUUUUCACUUCCUUUUUUAGCACAUUAUGCUAGGGAACAAUGGAUCUUUGGAUCUGUAAUGUGUAAAGUUGUUUCAAUGUUUUACUUACUGGGUUAUUACAGUGGAAUAUUUUUUAUAACCCUCAUGAGUAUUGAACAGUAUCUAAUAGUACUCCGCCAUAAAUUUGAGUUUAAAGUUAAAACCAUCACAUUUAAGUUGACAUCAAAUGCUGCUGUUUGGGGAAUGGCCUUUUUAGCUUCUCUUCCACAGUUAAAAUUUAGCGAAGAGCAGCGUGAUGAAGAUAUCCUGACAUGUCGACCAAAGUACCCAAGUGAUGGGUGGAAGCUUUUUCUAAACUUUGAAACAAAUAUUUUAGGUCUCAUCAUUCCACUCAUAAUUAUGGUAUUCUGCUAUGUAAGCAUUAUACAGUAUUUAAUUAAGAAACCAAAUAGUGACAGUAAGAAGGCCAUAAAACGUGUUUUGGCUAUUGUGCUUCUAUUUUUUAUCUUUUGGACACCGUAUAAUAUUGUGAUAUUUAUGAACACUUUAACACACUUGAAAAUGCUGAAUGACUGUGAAACAAGCAAAAAAAUCUUCUUUGCAAUGCAAGGCACAGAAACAUUUGCCUUUUUUCAUUGUUGCUUGAAUCCGUUUGUCUAUGCAUUUGUGGGAAAGACAUUUUGGAACCAUCUGUGUGCAUUUGCCAAAGCAAACACGUGUAUGAUGCCUUUCUUUAAAUGGUGCAAAAAAAUAACUGCAGAGCAGGUGCCUUCAUUCCAUUCACAGUCUAAAACAUCCUGUGAGACAAAUCUUUAACCUGGUAAUUUUGAUUUCAUUUUUAUACCUGAUUUUCAACAUAUACCUCAUCAAAACAUACAGGAGAAAAUGCAGUUAAAGAUUACAUACACAGCUACUCCUUGUGUAAGGACAGACUUUGGCUAUUUGUAGGCACUGUUUUGUUCAAUUAUGCAUUUAUUAACUGGUUAAGUGGACUGAUCUUUGUAGCCCUUUCUCAGUCUUAACCUGAGCCAAAAGAAAGAAAGAAAGGCAAUCUGUAGGUUUGUAACAGCAAUGACCAUGCACAGCACAUGCAUACAGGAGAUACUUCUAGAACGGGUAUACACAGCACUAUAGUGACGCCACAUUCUUUGCUGUAAAAUAUUAUUCAGCCUUCCCAUUGGUUAUACAACUCCUCCUGAGCAAAAGGGACAAAAGGAUGUUUGUGUACUACAAAGAUAAUACUGUUAGCAGGUAAACAUCUUCACAUUCCAGGACACAGCAACAUUUUGAGAUUUAGUUUAUGUUCUUAAUCCCUCUAUUUUCAUUUUCGUUUAUUUUACCUGUAAUCCACUUUCCAUUUCAGUCUCUUUCUUUUCUCCAAGCUUGUAUACGGUUAAGUUACAAUCUCCGUUCAUUUGGCUUUGAAUGUAAACCUUACAUCAUACUGAUUAGCAUGCUUUAUAGAGCCUCAGUGCUGUCCGUCUCAUUCACAAAUGGUGUCUCCAGAAAUGCAGAGAGAACUAACAACAAUUCUCUUAACAAAUGGAUAAUAAUUCCCUUCUCCUUUCUGCUAAUGUCCCUCUUUAUGCAUCCCUGCCAACACUUCAGUAUUUUCUUUCUGCUUUAUUUCAUAGAUUUUCCAUUAAGAUACUGAAGUCAUUUGAAGUUAACAAUCACACAGAAUCUCUUCACUUACUGUUAGUAUUAUCUACCACACAAUGCAAACUCUUCUUAUUAACUUCUCCUUCAGUGGUACAUUGUUCUGCAUUUGUUUACAAUGCAGUUAAGCAGCCAUACCAUGUAUUAUUUAUUCAGCAUUUGUAGAAAAAAGACACAUAUUCUACUUUACAUCAUUCUUUAAUACCACUUAAAUGGGUAUUGAUGAGUCUGUGUAGUGAACGCCAUGAAAAGGCUCAGUACACCAGCUCACUUACCUGGUAAAUAAAGUGUAAAAUAAAUAAAAUAAACUAUUUACCGCUUCAACACUGCAGAUACAAUUAACCAUCAUUUUCCGUGUCCUUUUAAACAGCCACCUUCAUUUCUGAUGUUAUUUGGUUACAACCCUUGCUAAAGUCUUCUGCUUUUAUUAUUAAACUUACAUGCACUAUAUCAAGUGCUUUACAAGUGGUUGACAGAUAUUAUACAGGGGCCCAGUCUCAAUUUACGAUUGUACUUAAAAUGUAUUGGUCCCUUUCUAAGGCAAGUAUAAAACAUUUGGAGUUUUAUAUAACCCCUUACCAUACAUUAUUCUUGUAAUAGUGACAAUGUGGUAUAUGUUGCAAUGUGUAAUUCUUGUCCUAGUUUUUACAUCAGGAAGACCAUUAGAUGUCUUAAAAGAAGGAUAUAUGAGCAUUGUAUAGCAAUUAAAAAGAAAGAUUUAACUAAUGCCCUAGCCAAGCAUGCAACUGUCUGUGCAGAAUUUAAAAAGUUUUCCUUUUCUGUCUUAGAUAAGUGAUGAAUUUUCUGGAUAUUGCAAAACUUUAUUAGAAUGUAAGGAAUCCUUUUGGCAAAUUGGCCAGGUUGCUGAUCAUACACCAGGUCUAAAUGAAAGUAUUAAUAAUAAGCGUU